ACGCGGAGUUGUGUCCUCACCGAGGGCUGAGGGGAGGAGUGCAGCUGCCCUGUGCUGCCCGGACUAGGUUCUGCUUUCAGCGUGAGCCCUUGCACUUCUCUUCUGCUUGAACUGCCCCGCAGCCGUUCUCUAUGGAGACCGAGUCCCCGCUGUGACAGAUACAGUGUUAGAACGGUAUCAGCUAUGCCUGUUCAAUUGCUAAAGAUCAGUAAAGGAAAACUUGAGACUCAGCUUCCAAGCCACUUGCAGAGGGAGGAGUUAAAACAUUUGCAAAUAGGACUUGACCAUACCAACAAAUAUUUCCAGGGAAUAGUUAUUCUUUCCUACCCACUAACAAAACUUGGAGAUGGUACAGACUUUUUCAAGAUUGUUCUUCAAGAUGACACAUGUUCAAGGAUUAACAGCCUCAAUGUUCUAAUAUAUGGAAAAAUGGCAGAGGAUUGUGCAAAACUUAUACGUAAUGGGGACACCUUUGUGGUUUCUGGAUUUAAGGUGACAGAAUCUCCUACAGCAAGAGAAGAUGGUAGACAUGCUUGUCACCUGCAGGUGUCUGAAGAAGCUGGAUCAGCCAUUUAUAUUUGUACACAACCAAGCAUAACUCCUUUUUCAGAAACUACAUCUGCAUCUGUUGCACCAAAAUACGUGUAUACUCCUUUGAACUGCUUGAAAGAUGGGACUGUAGUGAAUUUGUACGGCAUUGUGAAAUUCUUCAAGCCUCCUUAUAUAAGCAAAGGAACAGAUUAUUGCUCAGUCGUAACACUGGUGGACCAAUCGAACGUGAAGUUAACAUGCACUCUUUUCAAUGGAAAUCUAGAUUCUCUACCAAAAAUUUACAAAAAUGGAGAUAUUGUUAGGUUUCAUAGAGUAAAGAUCAGGGAAUACAAUGGACAAAUGCAAGGAAUUACCAGUGCAGGAUUUGCAUCCUUGACAUUUGAUGGAACUGUAGGAGCGCCAGUAGUUCCUCGAGCUUCUAGCAAAGUGUAUACCUUCAUAGAUGAAGAACAGAAAACAGUAGAAGAAUUACGUAUUUGGGCAGCCAGUAAUCUUUCUGUCUCUGGACCAGAAGCAAAAUUGUCUGAUGUUAAGCCAAUGAUGUUCUUCGAUCUCACUUGUCAGCUGGUAGGGAAGGCAAAAGUGGAUGGAUCAUCUUUUCUUCUAAAGGUAUGGGAUGGCACAAAAUGCCCCUACCCAACAUGGAAGGUUCCUGUGGAAGCAAAAGAACUGGAGGGAGACAAAGUUCUUCUUUAUCAUCUGCGAAAUCUAACAGUGGAUGUUUUAGUCUAUGACAACCAUGUACAACUGGCAAAAUCACUCAAGAUCGGAAGUUUUCUGAGAAUUUACAGUAUUCAUACAAAACAGGCAAGUGCUAAAAAUGAAGAUAUAUCAUCGCAUAUAGAAUUUCAUCUUCAUGGUGGCACUUGCUAUGGUCGAGGAAUAGGAAUCUUACCAGAAAAUAACCCAGAUGUUGAGGAACUGAAAACGUUCUUAGAAUGUGUGGAACUGAUAGACAGUCAGAAUAUGGAAAGCGUGUCUUCGUUGGAAUUAGGUGACACUUUUGACAUUGAAACAGAUCUUGAAUCGCCGUUACAGAGAUGUCAGCAAUUAUCUGCUACAGUAUUGACAGAUCAUCAGGAUAUGAGUAACACGGUACUGAAAACUGUUCUGAACAGCAGAGCUCCUCAACAGUAUCGAAUUAAAGCAAAGCUGAGAUCUUUUAAACCCCAGAAGCUUUAUCAGUCUGUUAAACUUCAUUGUUCCAAAUGCAAUACUUUGCAAGAAGUUCCAAAUGGAGAUGCCUUCGACUUAAUUUUGCAAGGCUGUGAAGCUACUGCCCCAAACCCAGAAUUACAGAGUAUGUCCUGGUAUGAGUCUGUAAUGUGGACUACACAAGACGAGAGCAGAAGGAAAGUAACUAUUCAUUUUGUAAAGCAUUAUGAAAUGCUUCAACGUCCUGAAAAUACCUUGCUUAUGAUAGAAGGUGGAACCUUAAAAGAAAUCUGGAAGCUUACAAGAAGAUUUAAAUGUGUUAUUCCUGUGAAAUCCAAGGAAGAUGAUCUUGAAUUAUUAGAUCUUUCAGCUCCUUUUCUUUUACAAGGAAACAUAAAAUAUUAUGGAUGUAAGAAGUGUUCAACUCCAAAGAGUAUCAAGAAUCUAAGUUCCCUAGCAGAAAAACGAGAACCAUCGUGGGAACCAACUGAAAUAGCACAAGUUUUAGGUAUUGAACCACUCCAGUAUGUUUUCGUUAUGAAGUUCACACUAGUUGAUGGAACAGGAGCACUAAAUGCAUAUCUUUUUGAUUAUGAAAAGUUUUUCCAAAUUCCUGCCUCUGAAAUCUUAACUAAUAGUUUUCUUCAGCAAAAGAUGGAGAUGACCAUGAAUACACUUUCUCCUCCAGGAAGAAAAUUAGAUGACUUGCCAUGGCUGGAAUGCUUCAUCAAGUCCUAUAACAUUGCAGAUGGAAUGAAACAUCAAGUUUAUUACCAGAUUUUUGACACUACAGUUGCUGAAGAUGUUGUAUAGAAAUGUGUUACUAACAGGAAGUAACCCAUCUUGUGAUCUCACUGCAACUGGAAGAGGCUAAGCUUCACUGGAGGCUGCUCAGCUCAGGCUGAUGGAAGAAAUCUAAUACCCAGCUAUUCUGAAAGGCAGCGAUGAGGUUAUAAACUGAUGAUUUUACUCAGAAAGUACAAUCAGAAUUAUGCUGCUUUGUUCAUUUCUGUAUUAAAAUAAAUGAUGUUGGUAAAGAUUGAGAAAAGAAGCUCUACAGAAAACUUUGAGACUAUUUUCUGCAAGUAUUUUGAUGGAGUUACAAAUCUGAUCGUGUGAUGUUUAUCACUAAAAUUGAAGUCAGGUCACGAAAGUAAGAGUUUAAAAUUAUAAAAUGAAUAUUGAAAUUCGGUAAACUAGAAAGAUUUUUAAAGUGACCCAGUUGGGGACCAGAGUUUAUUGCCUGGGUUUGUGUUUUCAAAGGCUCUCAUAUCUAGGUUAAAUUUACUGUCAGAUUAAACUGCCAAGAUCUGUCUUUUCUAUCUUACAUAAUCAGAUUGUUUGACUAAAUUUAGAGAUACCGAACUAAUCUAGUGAUAUUAUGGCUUGAAAGUACUGCUGGAGAAAUUACUUGAUGGUUUUAUUUUGCAUUCAGAAGUACGUAGGAGAAAUUCAGGACAAGUUUCUCCACUAAUGAGAAAUCCCUGUCAAAUCAAGUGCUUCCCAUCUGAGAAAAAUCUCAAAAUAUUUACAACUGUUUUUUAAAGGAGAUCAGAAGCAAGAUACAAUACUUGUCAGCAGAUAAUUAUUUUAAUAAAAACACUUUCUUUUUUAAUUUUUUUUCAGAGCUUGUUAGUAAUUAUGCAGUUUGUCAAUUUAAAAUUUCACCAAACGUCUUCUGAUAAUUUUCGGAUACUCUGAAAGAUUGUAGUGAAUUUCUGUGCCAUAACCCCAGAGAACAUGCACUUUAUUGAUCAGUGUGUAAGGGGAACUACUGCUGAAGGUGAUUAGUGCAUAUUUCCUUUAAAGGAAAAUCUGAAAUUCAGAAUGGAGCCGGCGGUUUACUGAAGAGCAAUACUGGUUCGUGAAGCAGUGCCUGGACCUGUGAAUAACUGCAUAAGAAAAAAUAUUGUGUUACUAAAUGUGCAUUAUUAAACCUGAGGCACUGGCAGGAUCCAAAUGACUCCAGAAGUUGAGAUUUAAACUGAAGACAAUCUUUUGUAACUUUUCUUGUAUAUAAUGCAUGAAAAUAUUGGAAGGAGAUAUUUUUGUUACUUUAUUUUAUUUUUGUUACCAACUGACAGCAGUAAUUGACAGCGUAUGUUUUUUAUAAUGAAGUCUUUUCAUUGCGUCUGAUGUCUGAGAUCCCUGCCAGAAAACUGACACUUCUGUGCUGGUGAAUAUUGUAACUAUUAAAACAUUUAAUAAAAUCUUUUUCAAAUA